UGUGUGUUGAUAUGUGUGUAGAGUGUAGAUUAGUGACACUUUGGAUGUGAAUUGUGUGUGUGUGUGUGUGUGUGUGUGUGUGGGUGGCAUUAUUGCAUCCACUCAUGUACGGCAUGUGUGGUUGUUGUUCGGCCCUCAGGCCACGCUAUAAAAGGUUGGUGGACAACAUCUUCCCAGAAGACCCGGAGGAGGGUCUAGUCAGAGCCAACAUGGAGAAGUUGACAUUCUAUGCCCUUUCAGCCCCGGAGAAGUUGGAUCGUAUCGGAGCCUACCUGUCCGAAAGACUGUCCAGAGACGUAGCCAGACACAGAUAUGGCUAUGUGUGUAUUGCCAUGGAGGCCCUGGAGCAGCUGUUGAUGGCGUGUCAUUGUCAGAGUAUCAACCUGUUUGUGGAGAGCUUCCUCACCAUGGUCAGAAAACUGCUGGAGGCCGACAAACCCAACCUGCAAAUCCUGGGGACCAACUCGUUUGUAAAGUUUGCAAACAUCGAGGAGGACACGGCCUCUUACCACCGCAGUUACGACUUUUUUGUGUCGCGGUUCAGCGAGAUGUGUCACUCCAACUACGAAGACCCUGACAUCCGAACCAAGAUCCGGCUGGCAGGGAUCCGGGGUCUGCAGGGUGUGGUCAGGAAGACGGUGAAUGAUGAACUGCAGGUAAACAUCUGGGAGCCGCGUCACAUGGAGAAGAUCAUCCCCUCGCUGCUGUUCAACCUGCUGCAAGACCCCAACACACACAGUUCCCCUGGGUCACAGAUUGACAGGCCAGUUGAACAAACUGAACGAUGCUUCAGAGAACUGCUGAGCAGAGCAGCCUAUGGUCACAUAAACACCGCUAUCAGACCUGUGCUAAUGCACCUGGAUAACCAUGGUCUGUGGGAGGGCAGGAGUUUAGCGGUUCGGUGUUUCCAGAUCAUCAUGUUCUCCAUUCAGAGCCAGCACUCCCAUCUGGUCAUCCAGCAGCUGUUGGGUCAUCUGGACGCCAACAGUCAGAGUCCAGCCUCGGUCCGGGCCGGGAUUGUGGAGGUUCUGUCUGAGGCAGCUGUCAUAGAGGCCAGCGGAUCAGUUGGUCCUACAGUGCUGGAGGUGUUUAACACUUUGCUCAGACAGCUGAGGCAGAGUGUCGACUACCAGCUGACUGGAUUCUCCAGGACCUCCCCCACCGAGGAGACCCAGCUACAGGAAGCUGUCAUCAGGACCAUAGGCUCGUUCGCCAACAAACUCCCCAUUUACCAGAGGUCAGAGGUCAUGCUCUUCAUCAUGGGCAAGAUCCCUGUUCCUGGAAUCUACCCUGUCCUGGGCUCCCCCAACUCUGGGUUUGAAGGCAGCAGAAUGAUCCAGGUGAUGCUACUGAAGUCUCUGCUUCAGGUGGCGCAAAGCUACGACAGCACUAACAUGCUGACUGCGUUACCAAGCUCCUUCCUACAGCCACUCCUCUCCUACACCCUGAUGGAGGACCCCGAGAUCCGGUUGUUGGUUCUGUCCAUCCUCACCUCCCUCAUUGACCGACACCACAACGCCAGCACCCUGAAAACCAUCAGGUCAGCACUGUCUGAUGUCUCAGUUCUAAACCUGAAGGUGGAUAAAUGCUCUCAACAAGACAACCUCUUCAUGAGGAAGCACGCUCAGCGACUCUAUAGGCACAUCUUCCUUGGCUGCAAAGAGGAGAACAGUGGACGGAGUCACUAUGAGGCUCUCUUCAUGCUGUUGGCUCUGCUCAGCGUGGAGCUGGCCAGUGAGGAGGUGGUGGUGGACUUGGUCAGACUGGUCCUCGCUCUGCAGGAGCUGGCUCUGGCCAACCAGGAGCAGCUGUCGGUGUACAACCGCUGUGCUAUCCACGCCCUGUCAGCCGCUUUCCUCAGCCUCCUCUCCCAUCUCACCAGCAUCCCAGCGUUCUGCCAGCAUGUCCGCCAGGUUAUAGAGUUCAGACAGAAAGAGAUGCCCUACCUUCUGCCCAGCGACCUCUUCACUGAGACCCCAAGGCUACCAGAGGCUGUUUUGGACAUCGGGGAGCAGUAUUUGUUUAUCCAGACGAAGAUUUCAGAGAUUAUGGGAGGAAACGGCUACAACACAGACAAACUCAACACAUCAUACACACCCCAGAUAUCUGAUGAGGAUCGUCUAUCUAAAAGGAAGAGUAUCGGAGAUGUCGUCUCCUUACAGGACAUGGAGCCACAUUACAACCCAGAAAUACAGCAGAAGUCUCCGGUAGAGCAGAUCACCUUUGAGACGCUGAAGAGCACCAUCGUGGACGGUGGGAGUGUGGAGGAGCAGGAGAGGAGGAGGCAGCUGGUGGAGAGGUUUCAGACCGCCCCCUUUGAGGAGAUCGCUGCCCACUGUGGGGCGAGGGCCUCCUUGCUGCAGUCUAAGCUGGAGGAGAUCUUUGAGGUCACCAUCAGGGCCCUGCCCUCCCCGUCAGGAGGCUCCCUGCCCCGCUCCACCCCCCUCUACGAGAUGAAGUUCCCUGACCUGUGUGUCUACUAGACCAAGGAAGCGCACACACACACAGAGCCGUGUCGGGUUACGUCCGGCAAGUCAUUGAA